GGAGUAGGGACGUCCCAUGGUUUCCGGUUAGCACGGACCCUAUCAGUUUAUUGAGCAAUAUCUACGUCAACCUCAACGCUCGUGGUCUGACUGUGCAGUGACUGUGGAAUAGUUCCAACUUCCUCGAACUUGUUGGUUUAGUUUCGUUUCCUUCGUAUAACGCAGCUGCUGAUCGACACAUUUCUCCAUUUUGCUGGAGUCGUUUGUCUGGCUAGCUUACAUCUCCGGGAUAAAGAGUUUGGGUCAGACACAUUGUAGGCUAUUAUAUUGGUUUGAACGGCGAAUAGUAGAAUCAGUCAAAAUGAAGAAGGUACUUCUGUUCGUGUUUAUACUCUGCGCUAUUGUCUCAGCGCUGGCAUCUGCUCAAGAGGACACCAAAAGAACCAAACCGUCUGCAACUGUCUUCCCACCCUCUGAGUUUGACGCCACGUCCAGCACUGCCACUACCACAACCUCUACUACAACUUCGCCUGCAUUAUCCACCACAGAACCCCCGACUAAUACCACCACAGCUGCCUCCACAACAGCCAAUACCACCACAGCUGCCUCCACAACAGCCAAUACCACCACAGCUGCCUCCACAACAGCCAAUACCACCACAGCUGCCUCCACAACAGCCAAUACCACCACAGCUGCCGCCACAACAGCCAAUACCACCACAGCUGCCUCCACAACAGCCAAUGCCACCACAGCUGCCUCCACAACAGCCAAUGCCACCACAGCCAAUGCCACCACACCUGCCCUCACCACCACACAUGCUCCCACCACUACUGCCACUCCAAAACCGGAGCCCACCCCUGCUGCUAACCUGACCGUGGGAAACUACACUCUCAAGUCGGACAAGAGUCUGUGUGUGAUGGCUCAGCUGGCCCUACAGAUCAGAGUGGAAGACACUGGAAAGACGGGAGUAUUCAUCGUUCAACCGUUGAAGACAAGUGUUGCGGGGGGUUGUGAUAAAUCCACGGCCAACUUAACCCUCACGUUCAAGGAGGGCUUCAUCACCUUCAUAUUUAAUAAGAACACCACCCAAAACGCUGUCUAUGUCGACACUGUUUCUUUCAAUCUUUCCUACCCGUUAACAUCUGGAGACAACGGCAAAAUGUCUCCAACCUACACCGCCAAAAAUGGGUCACUGGAUCUCUUCCUCGCUAAGGUUGGCCACUCUUACUCCUGCAAGAGCGAAUCAGUUUUCAUGGGAAACGGGCUCUAUCUGGAUGUCACCCAGGACAGGAUACAGGCCUUCAACAUCACCAAGGAGUGGGACUUUGGCAUAUCUGACCCCUGCUCAGCCGACAGACCUGCCGACUACCGCGUGGCCAUUGCUGUGGGGAUUGUCCUCCUUAUCCUCAUCAUCAUCGUGGUGGUGGCCUAUCUCCUGAGCAGGCGAAAAAGAUCAGAUGGCUACCAGUCCCUCUAAAGAGCCACUCAGGUGUCAAAGGGCACAAUGUAUCAACUCACAGUCUCAAUCCACCCACCAUUGUGUUUUUAUCACUUGCUGUUAACUGUUAACACUGCUGUAACCCCAACUGCUCACCAACUAACUAACUGUACCGCUCACACACCAACUAACUAACUGUACCGCUCACACACCAACUAACUAUAUGGAUAAGAUGAGGGAAUAUUUCAGCGUUGUAGACCGGCAGUUCCAUUUCAGUUGAUUUGUACAUUUAUUAAUUGAGGUGGAUAAAAUGUAUUGGAUCAGAUACUAGGAUUAAAAUAUACUGACUUUGAAUUGACUCACUCUGAACUCUUUGGCUGCUGAACAUUUUAGAUUGUGUUGUUUGUGCUACUGUGACAUCUAGUGCUACUGUGACAUCCAGUGCUACUGUGACAUCCAGUGCUACUGUGACAUCCAGUGCUACUGUGACAUCUAGUGCUACUGUGACAUCCAGUGCUACUGUGACAUCCAGUGCUACUGUGACAUCUAGUGCUACUGUGACAUCCAGUGCUACUGUGACAUCCAGUGCUACUGUGACAUCCAGUGCUACUGUGACAUCCAGUGCUACUGUGACAUCCAGUGCUACUGUGACAUCCAGUGCUACUGUGACAUCCAGUGCUACUGUGACAUCCAGUGCUACUGUGACAUCCAGUGCUACUGUGACAUCCAGUGCUACUGUGACAUCCAGUGCUACUGUGACAUCUAGUGCUACUGUGACAUCUAGUGCUACUGUGACAUCUAGUGCUACUGUGACAUCCAGUGCUACUGUGACAUCCAGUGCUACUGUGACAUCUAGUGCUACUGUGACAUCUAGUGCUACUGUGACAUCCAGUGCUACUGUGACAUCCAGUGCUACUGUGACAUCCAGUGCUACUGUGACAUCCAGUGCUACUGUGACAUCCAGUGCUACUGUGACAUCCAGUGCUACUGUGACAUCUAGUGCUACUGUGACAUCCAGUGCUACUGUGACAUCCAGUGCUACUGUGACAUCCAGUGCUACUGUGACAUCCAGUGCUACUGUGACAUCUAGUGCUACUGUGACAUCUAGUGCUACUGUGACAUCUAGUGCUACUGUGACAUCUAGUGCUACUGUGACAUCCAGUGCUACUGUGACAUCCAGUGCUACUGUGACAUCCAGUGCUACUGUGACAUCCAGUGCUACUGUGACAUCCAGUGCUACUGUGACAUCCAGUGCUACUGUGACAUCCAGUGCUACUGUGACAUCCAGUGCUACUGUGACAUCCAGUGCUACUGUGACAUCCAGUGCUACUGUGACAUCCAGUGCUCGACAAACCAUGAACUAUUGUGUCUGUAUUUGUGUUACCUUCUAUUGCAGAAACUUUCAGUGCAGUAUUUCACAAUGUGCUUUCUACUAUAGCUGAAUUUUGAAUCUAUGCUGUUUUGAUUUCUUCUUAUUAAUUUCUUUGUGUUUGUACCACUGCCCUCUACCCUUUAGAACGGCCUAUUAGGCUGUUUGAUUUCUGAAUCGUAAUCUAGGUGAUGUUAUCAUGGGCCUUUUUUUUAUGUAUUCCACUCAGUUAAUUAAAGGGAUUGUUUCAGGUUGUAAAUGUAAAGUUUUGUAAAAGGGAGGCAUACUUUUGAAUGUAAACCGCAAUUUGUGUUUUCAAUUUCUUUUGUCUUAUUUGUCUCAAGUGUUUUGUUAACCAUUAUUUGCUAUUACACACUCUUUCCCUUAUGAUGUGGUAAUAAUUUGGUAUGUGAACAUGUUUGAGAACAUUUUAUUAGUCGAAUGUGACAACCAUAAGUAAUUGCAGGACCACUGAUUGUUUAUCUUGUCAACUUUGACAGUGGUCAAAUAGCUUGAGGUAGAAGUUGCCUUUAACCACAGAUAUAGAAUCAGAUGACCUAAACCUGCCAAUCAUAAGGAGGAAAAAAGGAAUACAGAUAUUUGACUCUGGGGCAAAUUGCAUUAUAAGGGAUUACAUUUGGGAUCAGAAAGCACAUUGAACAAGUUCUGACUCAUGUAAACAUGAGGUAACGUUACUGUUCUAUGUUGCCACAGUUACAGGUUCCUAAUGUUGAUUAUGGCCUAUAUUACUAUUCUUUAAGUUUAAUUUAGGAAAAAUUUAUUUUGAUUUGUUUACAUGUUAUGUGCCAUAUAUCAUCUUGAAAAAAAAAUUGAAAAUGUAAACAUCCCAAAUAAAGUUGUAUUAAUUUGUAAA